CCAGCGUGGUGGUUAGCGGGGUAGGAAGGCCUAGCCAAGCCGGAGUGGUCCCAAGCAGACGCUCCGAGUCCCUGUUCCCGCCGAGGAAGCCCUUCGGACUACUAAGCGGGCACACCCGGAAGUGGCCCGGAACGUGAGUGGCGCGGCUGCGGCGGCCGCCAGGUGCCCGGAGCUGGAGCUCCUCCCGCCGCUCUGUGGCGUGCUUCCCUUCCGAGCGAGUGCGGCGGCGGCCGGGGCGGGCCUGGCGACAGCUCGGGUUCUAUGGCCGGAGAUCCGGCUGCGUUCCGGGAGCCGACCUCCUCGGGCCGGGCUGCGGAAGGGCUGGAGUGAAGGGGGCCGCACUCUCUGCGCAGGCCAGGUGACCAGCCGCCUCCCCGUCCUGGCCAGGAUCCGGCUUUGACUUCUAACUUUGAAGAUGCUGGAAUCAUAUGUAACUCCAAUUUUAAUGAGCUAUGUGAAUCGCUAUAUCAAGAACUUAAAGCCUUCGGAUCUGCAGCUUUCACUAUGGGGUGGGGACGUGGUUCUCAGCAAACUCGAGUUAAAGUUAGAUGUUCUGGAACAGGAACUGAAAUUACCAUUCACUUUUUUAAGUGGCCACAUUCAUGAACUGAGGAUUCAUGUGCCAUGGACAAAAUUGGGCUCUGAACCUGUGGUAAUUACCAUCAAUACAAUGGAAUGCAUCUUAAAACUUAAAGAUGGUAUACAGGAUGACCAUGAGAGCUGUGGUUCUAAUUCUACCAACCGUAGCACUGCUGAGAAUUCAAAAUCAUCCCUAAAACCGAGAAGAAUUCAGCAGGCUGCUCCUGCAGACCCUGAUUUACCACCAGGAUAUGUGCAAAGUCUGAUUAGAAGAGUUGUAAAUAAUGUAAACAUUGUUAUAAAUAAUCUCAUACUAAAAUAUGUUGAAGAUGACAUUGUUCUUUCUGUCAACAUCACUUCUGCUGAGUGCUAUACUGUGAGUGAAUUAUGGGAUCGUGCAUUCAUGGAUAUUUCUGCAACUGAUCUGGUACUGAGGAAGGUUAUCAACUUUUCUGAUUGUACAGUUUGUCUUGAUAAACGAAAUGCUAGUGGUAAAAUUGAAUUUUACCAGGAUCCUUUAUUGUACAAAUGUUCUUUUAGAACUCGCCUGCAUUUUACAUAUGAUAACCUAAAUUCCAAGAUGCCAUCUAUUAUUAAAAUUCAUACCUUAGUUGAGAGUUUGAAACUCUCUAUCACAGAUCAGCAAUUACCUAUGUUUAUCCGUAUAAUGCAGCUUGGGAUUGCUCUUUACUAUGGAGAAAUAGGCAAUUUUAAAGACAUUGAAACAGAAGAUCCUACCAGUCUCAGUAAAGAUAUGUUAGGAAACAUUACAGGUCCUGAAGAUGAAACAAGAAUAGAGAUGCAGUAUUCUGCUCAGUACAAAGGCCAAGAGUUGUAUUCACAGGACAAUGAGGAGCCUCAGGGAUGGGUGUCCUGGGCCUGGUCAUUUGUUCCUGCAAUUGUGAGUUACGAUGAUGGUGAGGAAGACUGUCUUGGGAAUGACCCUGCAUCAACUAUGCAUCAGCAGAAAGCUCAAACUCUGAAGGAUCCCAUUGUUUCUGUAGGAUUUUAUUGCACAAAGGCAACUGUGACUUUUAAACUCACUGAAAUGCAAGCUGAAAGUAGCUAUUAUAGCCCACAGAAAGUAAAAUCUAAGGAAGUUUUAUGUUGGGAACAAGAAGGAACUACAAUUGAGGCCCUUAUGAUGGGAGAGGCUUUCUUUGAUUGCCAGAUUGGAUUUGUAGGUUGCAGAGCCAUAUGUCUUAAAGGAAUUAUGGGUGUUAAAGAUUUUGAGGAGCAUAUGAAUAGAAGUGAAACCGAAGCCUGCUUCUUCAUUUGUGGUGAAAAUUUGAGUACAAAAGGUUUAACAUACCUUACAAAUUCAUUGUUUGAUUACCGAAGCCCAGAAAACAAUGGCACUCGUGCGGAGUUUAUCUUGGAUGCAGCUCACCAUAAGGAGACAUAUACUGAAAUAGCUGGCAUGCAAAGGUUUGGUGCUUUUUACAUGGAUUACCUGUAUACAAUGGAGCACAGCAGUGGCAAAGGUCCAGCAAAUCAGCAGGACUUUCCUUCAGGGAAAAAUGAAGAUUUGGGAAUAGUCCAAGAAAAGUCUACCAAGAGCCUUGUCAUAGGUCCUCUGGAUUUCCGCUUGGACAGCAGUGCAGUACAUCGGAUUCUGAAGAUGGUUGUUUGUGCUCUGGAACAUGAAUAUGAACCAUACAGCAGGCUGAAACUAGAAAGUAAGGAUGAAAAGGAAACAGUGCUGAAUCCCGAGGAAGUGGCUUCUUUGGAGGAAUAUAUUCCUACACGGCAUACAAGUGUUACUCUGCUCAAAUGUACUUGCACAAUUUUCAUGGCAGAAUUCAAUUUACUUGACCAUUUGCUUCCUGUCAUCAAGGGAGGAAAGAACUCAAGUAACUUCAUGAAUGCCACAAAUUUCCAGUUACUUCGACCUUUGCCAUCCCUUCAGAUAUUGGUGGAUAAAAUUAAUUUGGAACAUUCUGUUCCCAUGUAUGCUGAACAGUUGGUGCAUGUCGUCAGCAGCCUCCCUCAGCCUUCUGAUAAUCUUCUUCAUUAUUGCUAUGUCCACUACUACCUUAAGGUUUUUGGUUUUCAAGCAGGACUGACAUGUUUGGAUCCUAGUGGAUCUUACUGCUCACCUGCACCAGUUAUUCCUUCUUUUAGCACUGCCCUUUAUGGGAAGCUUCUGAACCUCCCUACUCUCUGGACCAAAAGAUCUCAGACCGUUGUAACUGAAGGUAUUUUUGAACUCCCAAAUCUCACAAUUCAAGCUACAAGAGCACAGACACUUCUGCUGCAAGCAAUAUAUCAGAGCUGGUCUCAUAUUGGAAGUAUCAGCUCUUCAACGGUGAAUGAAGCUUUGAUGAACGAAGUCUUCCAAAUGACAGGUGUGAAAUCUAAGAAUCCCCUGCCAACUCUUGAGGGCUCAAUCCAGAAUGUUGAACUGAAGUACUGCAGCACAUCAUUGGUCAAAUGUGCCUCUGGGACCAUGGGAUCAAUAAAAAUUUGUGCCAAAGCCCCAGGUGACAGUGGAAAAGAAAGGUUGGUUCCUUUACUUCAGGGUCCUUCGGACACUAGAGACCUUCAUUGCACCAAGUGGCUUAAUGAAAGUAGAAAGCCUGAAUCUCUUCUCGCUCCAGAUUUGAUAGCCUUUACCAUCCAAGUUCCCCACUCUAUGGACUACUGCCACCAUUCUGGUGCUGUAUUUCUUUGUAGUAUACAAGGACUCGCUGUUAACAUUGACCCAAUAUUGUAUACAUGGGUCAUCUAUCAACCACAGAAACGAACAAGCAGAUACAUGCAACAGCCUGUGGUAGCUCUCCCUCUUGUGCCUUCAGUUAACAGAAGGAAAGAAGAUGAACUAUCUGUUGGAAGUGCCCCAUUGGCAAAGCAGCAGUCAUAUCAGGCCUCAGAAUAUGCCAGCAGCCCUAUAAAAACAAAAACAGUGACUGAAUCCAGGCCACUGUCAGUUCCCGUGAAAGCAAUGCUGCACAUUAAUGAAGGAUGUAGAAGUCCUGAGGAAAGAAUGAAAGAAUUUAUUGGACUAUUGUGGAAUGCAGUGAAGAGUCUCACACUACAGCUUGAUGUACAGUCUUGCUGUGUAUUCAUUCCAAAUGACAGUCUGCCAUCUCCCAGUACAAUUGUAUCUGGUGAUAUUCCUGGAACAGUAAGAAGUUGGUACCAUGGACAAACCAGCAUACCAGGAACACUUGUCCUCUGUUUGCCGCAAAUAAAGAUUAUUAGUGCUGGUCACAAGUACAUGGAACCUCUUCAGGAGAUUCCUUUUGUCAUCCCACGGCCCAUCCUUGAAGAAGGUGAUGCGUUUCCUUGGACCAUAAGCUUGCAUCAUUUCAGCAUAUAUACCCUUUUUGGAAAGCAAGUGACACUUUCCCUAGUGGAACCCAUGGGAUGUACCUCUACUCUAGCGGUCACAUCUCAAAAGCUGCUUCCUUUGGGACCUGAUGGAAGGCAUUCAUUCGUUGUCUGUCUGCAUGUUGACUUAGAGUCAUUAGAAAUCAAAUGUUCUAAUCCUCAGGUCCAGCUCUUUUAUGAAUUGGCUGACACCAUGAGUAAAGUCUGGAAUACGCUUCAGAAGAGAGGCAGUCUUAGUCCGUCUUCAGUCUACCCAGAGACCAUGGCAGGGCCUGUUCCUUGUUCUCCAGUUCGGAGCAGCGUAGGCACAGCUCCACCAGACACCAGCACAUGCAGCCCGUCUGCUGACAUAGGAACGACCACUGAGGGCACAGCUUCAACUGAAUGUGGCACAGUGGUCCUGAGCAGAAGGAAAGCCUUGAACUUAGGAAUUCUACGAGAUCCGGGAUCAGAAAUUGAAGAUAGACAGUACCAAAUAGACCUGCAGUCCAUCAAUAUUGGUACUGCCCAGUGGGAUCAGCUCAAGCCAGAGAAAGGAGGUGGCGUGGGAGGUGUGCCAACAGAGAAUGAGAGGAAUUCUCAGAACCCAGCGCUGGAAUGGAACAUGGCCAGCAGCAUACAAAGACAUCAAGAAAGGAGAGCAAUUUUGACCCCCAUCUUGACAGAUUUUUCUGUACGAAUAACUGGAGCACCUGCUAUCAUUUUCACCAAAAUAAUCUCUCCAGAAAAUCUGCAUUUGGAGAAACAAGAACAGAAAAAAAUGGAUACAUUUGAUGGAGGCAUAGCUGAAACCUCUUCGCGUUACAGUGGUGCUCAGGACAGUGGAAUUGGUAGUGACAGCGUUAAAAUCCGCAUUGUGCAAAUAGAGCAGUACAGUGGUGCCAGUCAGCACCGAAUAGCCCGCCCCUCACACCAGUCGUCAAUUGUGAAAAAUCUUAACUUCAUUCCCUUCGACAUAUUUAUUACUGCAAGCAGGAUCUCACUCAUGACGUAUUCCUCUGUGGCCUUACCCAAAUUCAAAUUACCAGGACAGAAGGAAGAUGGGAAAGCAGUAAAGAAUUCUUUAAAUCUCCAAGUUGUAGCUAAGCCUAACCAGGCAUGCAUUUCCAUGGUGACUGGUGAAGAUCUCUUAGGCAGUAACACUACCUUUUCUUCCAGGAAGAAAAUAAGGCUUCUCUCCCUUGAAAGUCUCCAUGCAUCCACACGAUCAUCUGCUAGGCAAGCCCUUGGAGUCACUGUUGUUCGGCAGCCUGGCCGAAGAGGAACCGGUGAUUUAGAACUAGAUCCAUUUCUUUAUUUAGUUGUAUCCCAGCCUUCCUUGCUUCUGAGUUGUCACCACAGAAAACAGAGAAUGGAAAUAUCUGUCUUUGAUGCUAUGCUUAAAGGUGUAGCCUCUGACUACAAAUGUACAGAUCCUGGGAAGACUUUGCCCGAAGCCCUUGACUAUAACACUGUGUGGCUGCAGACUGUGCCUGGAGAAACAGACAGUAAAAGUGGGAUUCCACCUUCCCUUGUUACUUUACAAAUCAAAGACUUUCUUAAUGGACCAGCUGACAUCAACUUGGAUGUAUCAAAGCCUUUGAAAGCAAACUUAAGUUUUACCAAACUGGAUCAAAUAAAUCAUUUUUUAAAGAAGAUAAAAAAGGCACACAGCUUUGCACAGAGCAAAGAGCCCUCCACCCUGUCAGACUCUAUACUGAAUAAGGAUGAGCCUCCCAUCUCCAAAUGUUACUGUGGAAAGUUGUCUAAGCCCAAAGUUCACUGUGAUGGAGUGCAGAAGACUUCACUUCAAGAAAACAUGUGGAGAGCCAUUUCUUUCUUUCAAAAAGUUUCUGUCCAUACUACCCAAAUUGUGGUCCUCAUGGAAACUGUCCCACAUCCUCAUAAGCCGUGUGUGUUAGCAUCAUUAUCAAACCUCAAUGGAAGCCUUAGUGCCAAAGCAGCACAAAAAGUACCUGGUGUAAGUCUUGGGUCAUCAUUCCUCCUCAACGUAAAUGAUUUUCUCCUUAAAACAAGCCUCAAAGAAAGAAGUCGGAUUCUUAUAGGACCAUUUUCUACUACUGUCAAUCUGGAAGCUAAAUGGUGUAAACACAGUGGAAAUCCAGGCCCACAACAAUCCACACCAAAAAUAUCCAUGGAUUUAAGAGGUGGUCUGCUACAGGUUUUCUGGGGUCAAGAACAUUUGAAUUGCUUGGCUCUUCUGCAUGAAUUAUUCAGUGAGUAUCUUAAGGAGGAGGGAAAGUACGAAGUGCCAGUUCCUGAAUCAGCACCCCACAUGCCAUCUUCUGUGGAAAAGACUCAAGCUUUUAAAACUGAACAAAGUUCAGAUGACCUGCGCACAGGUGUCUUUCAGUACGUUCAGGAUGCUGAACCUUUGAGACUCCCUGGUAUGUAUGAGGUCUUGUUUUGUAGUGAAACAGAAGAAAGUCCAGGGAUGAUGUUAUGGAGGUACCCAGAGCCACGAGUGCUCACCCUUGUGCGUAUUACACCUGUGCCUUUCAACACCACAGAGGACCCAGACAUUAGCACCACAGACCUGAGCGAUGUACUGCAGGUCCCUUGUAGUUUGGAAUAUUGGGAUGAACUCCAGAAGGUUUUUGUUGCAUUUCAAGAAUUCAGUCUGUCUGAAAGCAAAGUUUGUGAAUUGCAGUUGCCAGAUAUCAAUCUUGUGAGUGACCAGAAGAAACUAGUGUCCUCGGAUCUGUGGAGAAUUGUCCUAAACAGCAAUCAGAAUGCAACAGAUGACCAAAGCUCUGCAAGUGACUCUGGCUCUCACAGUACUUGUGAGCCACUUGUGACUCCAACAGCCCUGGCUGCUUGCACCAGAGUCGACUCCUGUUUUACCCCGUGGUUUGUCCCAUCUGUUUGUGUGUCCUUCCAGUUUGCUCACCUGGAAUUUCGUCUUUGUCAUCACCUGGACCAACUAGGAACAGCUUCACCACAGCACCUACAGCCAUUCAUUUCUGAUAAAAAUGUGCCGUCUGAACUGGAAUACAUGAUUAUUUCCUUCAGAGAACCAAACCUGUAUUUUCGACAGUGGAGUGGUGGUUCUAUCUCCCAGGAGAUCCGGUUCUCAUCACAGGUGGACUGUAAACUUCUGGAAUUCAGAAAUGUCACGAUGCAAAGUGUGGUGAAACCCUUUGGCAUCUUUGGACAGAUCGCACUCUGUAGUGAUGGAGUUCAGAAGCUGCUCGACUGCUCCAUGAUUGUGAACUCUGUGCUUGUGAACUUUGGGCAGCAUGUAGUUCACUCCCUAAACACUGCAAUACAAGCUUGGAAACAGAACAAAUGCCCUGAGGUAGAGGAGUUGGUCUUCAGCCACUUUGUGAUCUGUAAUGACACACAGGAGACACUGCGGUUUGGCCAGGUGGACACUGAUGAAAAUAUUCUGCUGGCGAGUCUCCAUAGUCACCAGUACAGCUGGCGUUCUCACAGAUCCCCACAGAUGUUACACAUCUGUAUUGAAGGCUGGGGCAACUGGCGCUGGUCAGAGCCCUUCAGUGUGGAUCAUGCCGGUACAUUUAUUAGAACAAUUCAGUACAAGGGUCGGACUGCUUCACUCAUCAUCAAGGUCCGGCCACUCAGUGGGGUGCAAAAACAGAUUAUCAUCUGUGGAAGACAGAUCAUCUGUAGUUAUUUGUCUCAGAGCAUAGAACUGAAAGUUGUUCAGCAUUACAUUGGUCAAGAUGGACAAGCUGUAGUUCGAGAACACUUUGAUUGCCUCCCAGCCAAACAGAAACUGCCUUCAUACAUAUUAGAGAACAGUGAACUGACAGAGUUGUGUGUGAAGGCCGAAGGAGAUGAAGACUGGUCAAGAGAUGUAUGCCUGGAACCCAAAACCUCUGAAUAUAGCAUUGUCAUCCAGGUGCCUACUUCAAACAGUUCCAUUAUUUAUGUAUGGUGCACAGUUUUGACUUUAGAACCCAACUCUCAAGUUCAACAGCGAAUGAUCGUGUUCAGCCCUCUUUUUAUCAUGAGAAGUCAUCUUCCAGACCCUGUUAUCAUACAUUUGGAAAAAAGAAGUCUAGGUUUGAACGAAACACAGGUUAUUCCUGGAAAAGGGCAGGAAAAUCCACUGCAGAACGUAGAACCUGACCUUGCACAUCACCUGACAUUCCAAGCACGAGAAGAGUAUGAUCCUUCAGAUUGUGCUGUUCCCAUAUCAACAGCCCUUAUUAAGCAAAUAACCGCUAAGAUACAACCUGGAGGCACAGUUAAUGAGAUGCUUGAUGAGUUCUAUGCACCAGAAACGUCCCACAAACCCAUUUGGCCUUACAAUAAGAAAGAUUCUGACAGGAAUGAACAGCUGAAUCAGUGGGAUAGUCCAAUGCGAGUGAAGCUGUCAAUCUGGAAACCAUAUGUGAGAACCCUGUUGAUAGAACUGCUACCCUGGGCCUUGCUUAUCAAUCAGUCUAAGUGGGACCUCUGGCUGUUUGAGGGAGAGAAGAUUGUUCUACAGGUUCCUGCUGGCAAAGUCAUCAUUCCUCCUAAUUUUCAGGAAGCUUUUCAAAUUGGAAUUUACUGGGCAAAUACAAACACUGUGCACAAGUCAGUAGCAAUUAAACUGGUCCAUAAUCUGACAUCUCCUAAGUGGAAAGAUGACAGUAAUGGUGAGGUCGUGACACUGGAUGAAGAAGCAUUUAUUGAUGCUGAAAUCAGACUCGGUGCUUUCCCAGGACAUCAGAAGCUGUGUCAGUUCUGCAUCUCCUCCAUGGUGCAGCAUGGCAUACAGGUUAUUCAAAUUGAAGAUAAGACAACAGUAAUCAAUAAUACACCAUAUCAAAUAUCAUAUAAACCACAAUUGUCUAUCUCCAACCCAUACUCUGGAAAGGAGCAUUUUCAUGUUCCAGACAGUGCUACUUUUAGCAUUUGCCCAGGGGGAGAGCAUACUGCUGUGAAAUCCAGCUCCGUGCCUUGCUGGGACUUCCUGCCUGAUGUGGGACCAUCCAUACCAGACACAGCCAUGCUUCAGAAACAGAUACUGCUGGGCUUUUCUCCUACGCCAGGUGCCGACAGCUCUCAGAGCUGGAGCCUGCCAGCCGUCAUUAGGCGAGAGUUUCCCAGACAGAGUGUAGCAGUGCCCUUUGGAACCUUGAGGGAAAAUGGAUUCUGCACCAGGGCAAUAGCACUGACGUAUCAAGAACACUUUGGAGUCACCUAUUUAACCCUCUCAGAAGACCCAAGUCCUCGUGUCAUUUUCCACAACAGAUGUCCAGUAACAGUGCUCAUAAAGGAGAACAUCAGAGAUAUUCCAAAGUUUGAGGUUUAUUGCAAAAAAAUUCCUUCUGAGAGUUCAAUUCAUCAUGAACUAUAUCACCAGAUUAUCGGUUACCCAGAUUGCAAGACCAGAGACUUGCUUCCCAGCCUCCUUCUAAAAGUGGAACUGAUGGAAGAGAUGACAACAGAGUGGAGUGAUGCCGUUGACAUCAAUAGUCAAGGAACACAGGUUGUGUUCCUCACCGGCUUUGGCUAUGUGUACGUGGACAUCACCCAUCAGUGUGGCACAGUCUUUAUCACUCUGGCCCCAGAAGGAAAAGCAGGGCCCAUUUUAACCAACAACAGCAGAGCUCUGGGGAAGGUGGCCACUUUCAGAAUGUUCAUCACGCAGCUGAGCCUGGCAGUGUCUGACGACCUCACCCAGCACAAGGCAUCAUCUGAGCUGCUGAGGCUCACUUUGGACAAUGUUUUUCUCCACGUGUCUCCUGUGCCUGGUGUCCUCCCAGAGGAAGAGCCUCCCUCCACCUUCCUCCAGCUUUUCAGUGUGGAAGUGUAUUGCGGAGACCUACAGCUGGACAACCAGCUAUAUAGCAAGUCCAAUUUCCACUUUGCUGUCUUGGUCUGCCAAGGAGAGAAAACAGAGUCAGCCCAGUACUCCAGAGUGCACAGUCUUUUGGCCUCCAGCAAAGACUUAGAAGAAUACAAGGAGAACUGCUUCAUCAAACUUUCCCUUACUGUAUCUGAGGGGAAGGACUUCCUCUUUGAUGCCAGUGAGUUCACUUUUGAACUGAAACCAGCGCGGCUGUAUGUGGAGGACACCUUCGUGUACUACCUCAAAACUUUGUUUGACACCUACCUUCCUCACAGCAGGCUGGCUGCUCCCCAUGCACAGCUCCCUGCAGAGGACCAGGUGCUGCCCAUGCAAGUGAGACAGCAUGCCAGGGCCUUGGUGCACCCGGUGAAGUUACGGAAGCUCAUCAUCCAGCCAGUGAGCCUGCUCGUCAGCAUCCAUGCGUCCCUCAAGCUGUAUAUAGCUUCUGACCACACUCCUCUCUCCUUCUCUGUCUUUGAAAGAGGACCAGUGUUCACUACGGCAAGGCAACUGGUGCAUGCACUGGCCAUGCACUAUGCUGCUGGGGCUCUUUUCAGAGCAGGCUGGGUGGUGGGGUCUCUGGAAAUCCUCGGCAGUCCUGCCAGCUUAGUGAGAAGCAUUGGAAAUGGGAUCUCAGACUUCUUCCGGCUUCCAUAUGAGGGGCUGACACGAGGCCCAGGGGCCUUCGUGAGUGGAGUCUCCAGAGGGACCACAUCAUUCGUCAAGCACAUUUCUAAAGGUACCUUGACGUCCAUCACCAACUUGGCCACCAGCCUGGCCCGAAAUAUGGACCGGCUUUCCCUGGAUGAGGAGCACUACAACCGGCAGGAGGAGUGGCGGCGGCAGCUCCCUGAGAGCCUGGGCGAGGGACUGCGACAGGGCCUGUCCAGGCUGGGUAUCAGCCUGCUCGGUGCAAUUGCUGGUAUAGUUGAUCAGCCAAUGCAGAACUUCCAGAAAACAUCUGAGAGCCAGGCUACAGCAGGACAUAAGGCCAAAGGUGUCAUCUCAGGCGUGGGUAAAGGAAUCAUGGGGGUAUUCACCAAACCCAUUGGGGGAGCUGCAGAAUUUGUGUCACAGACUGGCUAUGGGAUUUUACACGGAGCUGGACUUUCUCAGCUUCCCAAACAACGGUACCAACCAAGAGAUCUACAGGCUGACCAAGCUCCAAACAGCCAUGUCAAAUAUGUCUGGAAAAUGCUUCAGUCUCUAGGUAGACCAGAAGUCCACAUGGCCCUGGAUGUGAUUCUGGUGAGGGGCUCAGGCCAGGAGCAUGAAGGGUGCUUGCUGCUAACAUCAGAAGUGCUGUUUGUCGUAAGCAUCAGUGAGGACACACAGCAACAGGCCUUUCCCAUCACAGAGAUCGACUGUGCACAGGACAGCAAGCAAAACAACCUGCUCACUGUGCAGCUCAAGCAGCCAAGAGUAGCCUGUGAUGUAGAGAUGGAUGGUGCCCGGGAGAGACUGUCGGAGCAGCAGUUUAACAGGCUUGUGGACUACAUUGCAAAAACAUCGUGCCACCUGGCCCCCAGCUGCUCUUCCAUGCAGACAGCAUGCUCUGUGGUAGCUGUGGAGCCUCCCCCUGCCACUGUGAAAACAUACCAUUAUUUGGCUGACCCACAUUUUGCUCAGGUCUUCGUUAGUAAAUUUACCAUGGUAAAGAACAAAGCGCUGAGGAAAGGUUUCCCCUGAGCCCCCUUUAAGGUAGGUGUCUGAUUUUUGCCGUGCAACAGAGUUGUUUCUAACACUCAACACGGACACAAGGCCGACACUUGUAAAGUUACGGUGCAAAAAGACAAAUCCAACCAAAAAUCCCAAAUGGGAGAAAGACAAUGAUCAGCAGAAUCCUAUAUAUGUUGUAUUUUUCACAUACAUAGAAAACUUUUUCUCUAUGCCCUUUGCAGAAGUUUUCACUGUUAUUUCAAUCUAUUAAUGCUCUGCUGUAUAGUAAAAUGUAGACAGGCUCUAGAAUACACACCCAGAAAUUAAACUCCACCACCUCUAUACUUCUUUGUUGUUUUACUUGCUAAAUUUUUCACUUAACUACAAUACCAUUCAUUCUUUUAGUAAAAACAAUGUAUAUUCCCCUCAAAGCCUGCAUUGUGCUAAUCUAUAAAACAGAUUUUUAACUGCUCAGGUAUAUUUUGGAAAAUUUGUUUUACUAAGCUAAAAAGUACCAUUUUAUGUCUUCCAACAAGAACAAAACAUAAUGCUUAUAAGUUUGUUUGGGGGUGAGUUAAGAAUGCCAACAACGACAUCAGUCCAGAUAGUUUUCUCUGCUGAAUUUACUUGAUAAAGCAUGGAGAUAAUUCCUAAUAUCUGCUAAGUAUUAACUAACAUCUAGAAAAGGCAAGAUCUGUAAUCACCCGCUAUGUUAUGGUCUCACAGGCAAAUCAUUCAUGCAUAGACCUAUAACUUGUUGCCUUUAACUGAAGGGUGACAGUAAAUAAGACAGUGCCAUUUCAAAGGCCACUGACCUUCAACUCUGUUGAGAUCACACAUCUCUACUACAGCACUAUUACUGAAGAACAAGUCAUUCGUGGAAAACUAAAGCCAAAUAUGAAAACCAUCUCUGUAAUUAGUCUUAUUACUCAUUUAGGAAAGUAACAUUUUUGUCAACCUCAAGAAUAAUUAUUAAGAAUGUAAAUAUGUACUGAUUCUUGUAUGGCGUAUGGUAAUUUUACAUCUUGCUAGGGAUUAUGAUAUAAAUAAUAAAAAAGAUAUUCUUGAAUUA